UUCAAUCAAACCGCCAAAGAGAACAAUAAAUUAAAAUUCAGAUUUAGAGAUCACAUUUCUUCUUCUUCUUCUUCAAUCAUCAAAUCACACAUUGUUCGUAAUUUUUAAAUGUCGAAGCAAACAUACAAAGUCUGUUUCUGUUUCCGUCGGAGGUAUCGACACACUGUGUCCGUAGCACCUCCUGAGAUCAAGACACUUUUCGACAAUUAUUCCGACAAAGGUCUCAUGACUACCGAUCUCCUCCUCAGAUUCCUAAUCGAUGUUCAGAAACAAGACAAAGCCACGAGAGAAGAAGCUCAAGAAAUCGUCAAUGCUUCAUCUUCUCUUCUUCAUCGUAAUGGUCUCCAUCUUGAUGCUUUCUUCAAAUACCUUUUCGCUGUUACCAACUCUCCUCUUUCUUCUCAGGAGGUGCAUCAAGAUAUGGAUGCUCCAUUAUCACAUUAUUUCAUAUUUACAGGACAUAAUUCGUAUUUAACUGGUAAUCAACUGAGUAGUGAUUGCAGUGAAUUGCCUAUCAUUGAAGCAUUGAAAAAAGGUGUUAGAGUUAUUGAAUUGGAUAUUUGGCCUAACUCUGAUGAAGAUGGCAUCGAUGUUCUUCAUGGAAGGACUCUUACAUCACCUGUGGAGCUGAUCAAAUGUUUAAGAGCUAUUAGAGAACAUGCUUUUGAUGUAUCUGAUUAUCCAGUUGUUGUUACUCUUGAAGAUCAUCUUACUCCUAAACUCCAAGCUAAAGUUGCUGAGAUGGUUACAGAUAUAUUUGGAGAAAUGUUGUUUACUCCUCCUUCAGGGGAAUGCUUGAAGGAGUUCCCUUCGCCCGCGUCUUUGAAAAAGCGUAUUAUGAUCUCAACUAAACCUCCUAAAGAGUAUAAGGCAGCAACAGAUGAUGAUUUGGUGAAAAAAGGUAGGAAUUUGGGUGAUGAAGAAGUUUGGGGAAGAGAAGUUCCAAGCUUUAUUCGAAGGGACAGAAGUGUUGACAAGAAUGAUUCAAAUGGAGAUGAUGAUGAUGACGAUGAUGAUGAUGGUGAUGAUAAGAUUAAGAAGAAUGCGCCACCGGAAUAUAAGCAUUUGAUUGCAAUUGAGGCCGGGAAACCGAAAGGCGGAAUAACUGAAUGUUUGAAGGUGGAUCCUGAUAAAGUAAGACGGCUUAGCUUAAGUGAAGAACAACUUGAAAAGGCCUCAGAAAAGUAUGCCAAACAGAUUGUGAGGUUUACUCAGAGGAAUUUGCUUCGGGUUUACCCGAAAGGAACUAGAAUUACUUCAUCAAACUAUAACCCUCUGAUUGCUUGGAGCCAUGGAGCUCAAAUGGUGGCUUUCAAUAUGCAGGGACUUGGAAGAUCAUUGUGGGUAAUGCAAGGAAUGUUUAGAGCCAAUGGAGGAUGUGGCUAUAUCAAGAAACCUGAUCUUUUGCUAAAAUCCGAUGCUGUAUUUGACCCAGAAGCUACAUUACCCGUAAAAACAACACUAAGGGUUACUAUAUACAUGGGAGAAGGAUGGUACUACGAUUUCCCGCACACACACUUUGAUCGAUAUUCUCCACCUGAUUUCUAUACAAGGGUCGGGAUCGCUGGAGUUCCCGCGGAUACAAUAAUGAAGAAGACGAAAACAUUAGAGGAUAAUUGGAUACCAGCUUGGGAUGAGGUUUUUGAGUUCCCAUUAACAGUUCCAGAGCUUGCUCUUCUACGUAUUGAGGUACAUGAGUAUGACAUGUCGGAGAAAGACGAUUUUGGAGGCCAAACUUGCUUGCCGGUUUGGGAGCUGAGGCAAGGAAUACGUGCCGUUCCUCUGCGUAACCAGGAUGGUGUGAAGUGUAGAUCCGUGAAGCUUCUUGUGCGGAUGGAUGCGAAUCAGAGCAAUGAAGAGUUUGGAUCUGCCAACAUCCAGCUUAAAGCCGUAGGAGCUUAUAAAAUCCCUAUGUUUGUUGUCGACAUUUAUAAUUGGGGAGUAUACCAUCCUGAUGAACCAACAAAUUUGAUGGUAAUAACAAAAGACAUCUCGAAUUCCUUCGUCUCGAGUCUUGUCUAUUUAAGAAAGACAGAAAACAACAUUCUCUUAGCGCAACCUCGAAACGCAUCAGGAAGGCUACUUGAAACUGCAAGUCUAGUUUGGCUUUGGACUAGUCUAUCAACUGGAGGGAGACCUAUCGAUAACCAAAGUGGAAGCUCAAAAGUUGCUAUCCCUUCUCCAACUUGUUCUCCUGAGACAGGCGUCUUCUGGGACCUGGAUGAUUGCCCAAUCCCUGAUGAUCUCACUCCUGCUUUGAUCUAUGAUAAUAUCAAAGUAGCUCUCAAAAAUAUGGGUUACAAUGGUAAGGUGUGGAUCGUUGCUUAUUCUGUUGCGAACCAAACCAAAGAAGACUUUGACUUCGUCAACAUUAAGCUUAUAAACCCAGGAACUAGUCAAGAAAAGGUUAAUAUGAUGUUUAAGGACGUUUAUAUGUGGGGAAUAAACCAUCGAGAGGAGCCAACAAAUUUGAUGGUAAUCUCAAAAGACAUCUCACAAGACGUUGACUUCGUCUCAGCUCUAGUCCAGUUGAGCAAGAAAGAGAACAAUAUUCUCUUAGCGCACCCUCAAAACGCAUCAGGAAGGCUACUUCGUACUGCAAGUUCAGUUUGGCUUUGGACUAGCCUAUCAACUGGAGGGAGCCCUCUCGAUAACCAAAGCUCACAAGUUGCUACCACUUCUCCAACUUGUUCUGCUUCUAGGAAAAGGUCAUCACUAAGUGUUGCCAAUAAGCAGAAGAAACGUCGGACCAAACCUCUUCACAAGAAGCGGAAGAGCAGAGCAAAUCCUAACCCUGAAGAUUAGCUAGUCUUGACAAUGUUUUUGAUAUUAGCAUACUUUCUUUUGAAAAAAUGUCUUCAAUUGAU